AUGGAUAACGGGCAGUACUUGAAGUUUCUGCGCCCAUAUCUGUUCCAAAUACCAUCACCCCGGGCACCUGUCUAUGCACGGUUCUUUUCUGCCGGUUAUCGUGAUCCAGCAAGGAGUAAGACCUCACAUAGCCCAAAGCUACACAAUGUAUCCCGGCACAGAUGUAUACAUAGCUCAGUACCCAAGAGAUCUGCAACGGCCAAUUCUAAUGCACCCACGAGUGAUCCGGUAGCCCUAAUCACCCAUCAAGUUAAUGUUGAUCUCCGGGUUCAGAAGUUAAAAGAAUACAAUGUGCUUCGUUACCCAAGACUUGGCUCCCGGCCUAACCGAAUAAGCAUACCUAGCUUCCAAGAAAGGUACCGAGAUGUAGCCACUACACCAGCCUCUGAGGAGGUUGUUCUAGAGGGUCGGGUCAUGUCAGUAAGAAGGUCUGGGUCGAAGCUAGUCUUUCUCUCCAUUAUGGGUGGAUAUCAACGAGUCCAAAUCAUGAUUAGUCUGAGUCAGCUUUCAGAUCCAAAACCUGAACUCCAGCAGUUCAAGGACGCUCUCCAUCCAUUCCUUCGUGGUGAUAUUGUCUCGGCCAAAGGUACGGCAAUACGAACAGACUCCGGUGAACUAACAUUAAAGGCAACCGAGCUCCCCACACUGCUUAGUCCUGGCCUAGCACCACUUCCUGAGAAGUUGGUCAACCAGGAGACCAUGGUUUUGAAUAAGCAUUUGGAUCUGCUCGUUAACCAACGGACCUCGGAUACAUUUCGCCUUCGCUCUAAUAUCAUUAAGUGCAUGCGAGAUUUCUUCCACGAGAAAGACUUUGUAGAAGUUCAAACCCCUGUCUUAGCAGACUACGCCGGUGGGGCAGCAGCCCGCCCAUUUUUGACCUCAGCUACAGAGUUUGCUCAAAAAGAGCUUGCUUUGCGGGUCGCUCCCGAGCUAUGGCUCAAGCGCCUAGUCGUCGGUGGAAAUGAUAAGGUCUUCGAGAUUGGCCAAUGCUUUCGAAACGAGGGUAUCGAUACUACCCAUAAUCCAGAAUUCACCAUGUGCGAGUUCUAUUCUGCUUAUUCCAACCUAGGCGAUUUGAUUUUGAUGACUGAGGGCCUAAUAACCCGUCUUGUCAAGCAUGUUGAACACCUUGCGGAGACUCAACUUAAGUCCCUUGAGAAGUCGAAAAUACAACUGCCUCAGGAAAAGUGGAAACAGGUUGAGUUUAUUCCAGCAUUAGAAGAGGUCCUAGGAAUCCAAUUCCCAGAUCUCUCAGGAGAUGAUGCGCUUCCCACGCUCAUAGAACUCCUAGACGGUCGAACGAAUUUCGCUCAAGGGUCUCAGUUGACACUAGCCAAGCUUCUAGACGAUCUUGCUGGCGAAUAUCUAGAGCCGUCGUCUCAUGAUGAGCCUCUUUUCAUUAUUCAUCAUCCUGCUUGCAUGGCGCCCCUCUCCAAAUCCUUUACAUGUCCUAAGACCGGCCAACUCGUAUCCGCUCGUGCAGAGUUAUUCAUACAAGGUCGCGAAAUUGCUAAUAUGUACGAGGAGGAAAACGACCCGUUCGAGCAGAAGCGUAAGUUUGAGUUGCAGCUUGAGUCACAGAAGGACAAGCCAACAACAGCAGGCGAGGGGUCCGCCGAAGUAGACGAGAGCUACGUCCACGCCUUGCAGCACGGACUACCGCCCACAGGGGGAUGGGGUUGCGGUGUUGAUAGGCUGGUCAUGAUGUUCUCUGGAGCGCCGAGGAUUAGUAAUGUCCUCAGUUUCGGGACUUUGAGGAAUGUUGUCUCGAUACGCCAAGCUGCUAAAGAUCACUAA